UUCGUGAGGAUACAAAGAUUCAAGAUGGUCACACUGGGCACAAUAAUACCUGCACUGGAUCAAGGGGACUGGUUCACAGCCCUCGACCUACAGGAUACUUAUUUUCAUAUAUCAAUUCAUCCAGCUCACAGACGCUUCCUACGAUUCACGAUCGGUCACGACCAUUUUCAAUACAGAGUUCUUCCUUUCAGACUCUCCACAGCACUGAGAGUUUUUUCCAAGACUCUAGCCAUGGUCGUGGCUCACGUCCGCAAACAUGGGAUCAUGCUGUUCCCCUACCUGGAUGAUUGCCUCAUCAAGGGCAACUCCUAUGGUGAGACACUUCAAGCUACCCAUUUCACCAUUUCCCUCUUUCACAGCCUAGGCCUCCAAAUAAACAUCCAAAAUUCCACCCUGACACCUACACAACAGAUCGAGUUCAUCGGAGCUCAUCUCAACUCAAUCCAGAGCAGGGCCUCGCUCCCAUAUCACAGAUUCCUCACUAUCACGCAGCUUAUAUGCACACUGUCUAUUCAUCCCAGGACACAGGCAAGAAUCUGUCUACAGCUCCUUGGUCACAUGGCAGCCACCACCUUCCUGGUUCAGCGCACCAGGCUACAGAUGAGAUGUCUCCAGGGCUGGCUCAAUUCCAAUUUCAAACCCAACAGACAGACCUUAGGGAUGCUGCUAACUCCUCCUCCCAAUGUUAUAGCUUCCCUACAUUGGUGGACAAGACCAGAAAACCUCUGCAUGGGGGUUUCCUUCCAGCAACGAUCCCCCAACGCUCAUGCUCACCACAGACACUUCCCUAAUCGGUUGGGGAGCGCACCUAGGGGGACACAGGGCACAAGGAUAGUGGUCUGCAUCAGAGACACACCUACACAUAAAUCUCUUAGAGCUCAAAGCAGAGAGACGAGCUUGCCUUCACUUUCUUCCCCUCAUAAAGAACAAAUCUCUUCAUGUCUUAACAGACAACAUAGCAUGCAUGUACUACAUAAACAGACAAGGGGGAGCCCAAUCACAUUCCCUUUGCAUGGAAGCCGUCUGACUAUGGAAUUGGUGCAUACAGCAUCGAAUACAAAUCAUUGCUUCCUACCUACCAGGCUGCCACAACACUACUGCCGACGCACUUAGCAGACAUAUCGACAGAACACGAAUGGGAGCUGCACCCCGCAAUACUCCAGCAGCUCUUCUCCCUCUGGGGCACCCCAUCAAUAGAUCUCUUUGCCACAACCCAGAAUCACAAAUGUCUAUUUUGUUCCAGAGUGGGACACACACUCAGGAAGAUUCCAACGAGACGGGAGAUACUAACUGAGUGCGUGCGUCCCAACCAGGCACUGCUACCGAAAAUCUCCGAUCAACGGCGCCGGGAUGCACCGUCACGUAGAGGAACUAGUGUGGAGCACCCACAGGGGGACACAUCUUGAAGAACUUCAGUUACUGCAAGCGAGAGACUCGGCAACAAAAUGGCAGAUGAAAUUCAACAUUG